ACAAAAAUGAGCUCAAAAUCAUACUUUGAAGAUUCGCGUGACGAAAGUCAGGGCGGCAAACUUUCCCGGAAGGUAAAGGAUUCACCAUUCAUGGUUAUUGGUUUGGCUGGUUUCGUAGCAGCUGGUUUAAUUGGCGCAUACAAGUAUAAGCAUCGUGGUACGAUGAGCACAAGUGUUUUUCUGAUGCAACUUCGUGUAGCAGCGCAAGGCACCGUAGUCGGCUGCCUGACGUUGGGUCUGGCUUAUAGUAUGGCCAACGAGUAUCUUUUUAAGGACAAAACACCCAAAGAAAAUACCAAAUUGUCCAACUGAAACCCACAAUUUGUUAGCUGCACUUACAUACUACAACUACAUACCAGAAAGGAGCGAACAUUCAGAACAAAAGUGUAUAGAAACUGCGUUAUUGAAAAAAUAAUCACACGUUUGAGUAAUUGUAUCCACGGCAAAUUUA